CUCGAUGGCGCCUCCCUCGCUAAGCUCGCCUGGGCGUAUGCCUCGGUUCGUCAAGCGGAUGAGGGCCACCGAGCUCAGCUCGACCGAAAGCUCUUCACGCAAGUGGCGGCAGCGUGCUUGCAGCAGGAGGAGCUCCCCCGCUUCCCUCCCCGAGCGCUGGUAGCGCUGCUCUGGUCCUUCGCCGCCCUCCCGCAACCCCAUGCGCCCCUCUUCGAUGCGAUCGCGGCAGCACUCGUCCCUCACCUCUCACCGCCGCCCUCACCCCAAGACCCGCUCCCCUCACCACCACUCGAUGCUGCUUGCCCUCAGAGGCCUCCGCAGCGGCAGCCCCAGCACCGG